AUGUGGCUGAAAAAGAAGUGUGAAUUGGAAAGAGAUAAUUCAAGCAUGAUUGAAGGAAAAGAAAAUACUAAAUCUUUUAGUUAUAAUUCACGUAAAGAUUUAUUGUUACAUGGCCAUCAAGAAGGAAGUAAAUAUUUGGAAACCCAUAAAAUACUACGAAGGCAAAAAUUAAAUGUUUAUGUAGAGCAAGUAAGCAUUUUCUUGCUUAAAGAUGGUAAUAUAUAUUCUCAUAAUAUUUUAUAA